UCUCUUCUUCCGCUUCAGCUUUCAAUAAUGCCACAAAAAACCCUCGCAAACUCCACCUCACAUCGUCAAUAGAUUUCAAUUAAUCUCAGAGAUAUUUCUCUUCCACCGUCGUCUCCUCCUCCGGGAAUUUCCAUCGUCUUCCUGCCUCUUUCCUUUUUGGUGUACAUAUGAUUUAGACCUCCCGCAUCCGUCUUUCAGAACCUCAGUGCGGAAACUGCAAGCAUUUUGGUGUCGAUUCGGAAGUCACUUUCUAAAUUCGGAAGCAAUUCGUCGCAAGAAAAGUAAUUAGACUUCUCUCUUCGGCGUCUUCGAAGAUAAAUCUGCUUUGAAGCAUGCAAGAAGUAAAAUCCUCUCCAGUUUCGCAUGAAUCACAAAGUGACCAGCAGAAUAAUCAAACAGCAGAGCCUCCCUUAGCUGACUCUGGUUCAGUAUCUGCUUCAAGCAAUGAUAGCAGAAAAGUUUCACGCCAAGAUAUUGAACUUGUCCAGAAUUUAAUAGAACGGUGUUUGCAAUUGUAUAUGAACAGAGAUGAGGUGGUCAAAACUCUCUUGACUCGGGCAAGAAUCGACCCUGGAUUUACAACAUUGGUGUGGCAGAAGUUGGAAGAAGAAAAUGCUGAUUUUUUCAGGGCCUAUUACAUAAGGCUGAAAUUGAAAAAGCAAAUCCUUUUGUUCAACCAUUUUCUUGGGCGUCAAUACCAUCUCAUGAACCCUGUACCUCCUAAGGUUCCUUUGGCCCCCAUACAGAAUGGGAUUCAUCCCAUGUCUGUUAACAACUUGCCAAUGGGAUACCCUGUGCUGCAACAGCCUCCAGUUCCUGCUGCUGGUCAACCACAUCUUGACCCUAUGGGCUGUGGAGUAUCUAGCUGUCAUGUUGUCAAUGGAGUCCCUGCACCAGGCAAUUUCCAACAUAUGCAAAUGAAUUCUGGAAAUGACAUGGUUAUGGACAACAGUGCAAGUGAUGUAGCCCAUUCUAUUCCCCCUAGCACUGCCAUGUCUAUGUCAGAUAUGCCUGUCAGUCCCACCUCAGCAGCAUCAGGCGGCCAUUUUCCAUUCACUGCAUCAGACAUAUCAGGGAUGGGAGUGGACACAUCUGCACUUGAUACAGCCUUUACAACUGAUGUGACAAAUUCAGUAGGAUCACAGCUUGAACCUGAUGGUGGGGCUGGAAAUUCUAGAGAUUCCCUAAGAUCGCUAGAUCAGAUUCAGUGGAAUUUUAGCCUCACAGAUCUAACAGCUGAUCUGUCAAACUUGGGAGAUUUAGGAGCUCUAGGGAACUAUCCUGGUUCUCCCUUUCUUCCCUCUGAUUCAGAAAUUUUGCUUGAUUCUCCAGAACCAGAGGAUAUAGUGGAGGAGUUUUUUGUUGAUUCUGUCCCUGGACAACCAUCUUCUCAAUCAGAUGAAGAGAACCACAUAGAUCAAGGUGCGGCUUAGUACCUUUACUCAAAACUGUUAGGAUAGGACAAAGUUAGAUCAAUAAAAGCAUUUCUUGUUUUCUGAUUAAUGUUAUUAACUGAACAUUUGAGCAUUGUAAUUUAGUUUACUUGAUAUUAGCCGGCACCUUAGAAAGUUCCUUUUAAAUUGUGCUUGUGAGACCUAUUGUUGUAUAGAACUUAAAACAUCAUAUGGUCGUAGUUUUGUUCAGAAAUAGAUCACCUUCUUCUUC